GGAAGCGGGGUAGGGAGGCGGGCUGGAAGCUAGGGGGCGGGACUUUUUAGGAACGGUGACCAAUAGACUCGGAGGGGGAGGGGCUUAGGGGAAGUCUAGCCGAAAGGCCUACUUGGGGCGGGGCGAGUGUGGGGAGCGCCUGGCCGUGAGACCAGGAGCAACCGAGGUACGAGGUAAAGCACGGAGCCGUUGGGGAUUGCCACUCGCGGAGAAGCGGGCGUUGGAGUUCAGUUAAGUUCCAUAUGUCUUCCCCUGAAAUUGCUUCCCUCUCAUGGGGGCAAAUGAAAGUACAAGGCUCUACUAAAACCUAUAAGGACUGCAAAGUGUGGCCAGGGGGAAGUCGGGCUUGGGAUUGGAGAGAAACAGGAACUGAGCAUUCUCCUGGUGUGCAGCCUGCAGAUGUGGAGGAAGUUGUCCAGAAGGGUGUGCAGACCCUUGUGAUUGGCCGAGGGAUGAGUGAGGCCUUGAAGGUGCCUCCAUCAACUGUGGAGUACCUCAAGAAACAAGGCAUUGAUGUGCGAGUCCUCCAGACAGAGCAGGCAGUGAAGGAGUAUAACGCCUUGGUUGCCCAAGGUGUCAGAGUGGGAGGGGUCUUCCAUUCCACCUGCUGAUGGAGCCUUAAGAGAAUAAAUCACUAAGCAGCCAUG